GCACGGGGACAGGCACAGCCCCCGCCACUGACAGCGGCCGCUCCCUGCGCUCCGCAUCACGUCUGGCUGCGGCGAGGAGAAGGAGCUGGGCGUUCGCUAUCUCGGCUUGGAGACUUUAUUUUUGCUUCUCGUCCUUUCCCUUGGAACCGGGAGGCUCUCUCGAGCUGAUCCUCCUUUAAAAAAAAAAAAAAAAAAGAGAGAGAGAGAGAGGAGGAGGGGGGAAAGGAGCAGCUGGAGUUUCUCCUCAGCUCGUUUUGACUUUUGUGGACGUGGAUCAUCUGGACUGGGAAGGGAAGCCGCGCCGCGCUGCUCUCCCCGCUCCCACCCCCGCGCCCCUCCAGCAGCCUGGGCUGCCGGCGCUCCCCCGAGCAGGACGGGAACUUUUAUUUGCAGCUCGCAGCCCGUGGCGAAUGGUGGGAAUCUCCGGUCCUCUGCAGUAAAAGAUUGAUCUCUGGACUGGUGAACAUAAUAUCUGUCCCAGUCAGAAAAGGAAAGAGGAAAUUAGCAGAGCGGUUGGUGGAGAAUGAUAUCUGUCAAAAGAAACACUUGGAGAGCACUGAGUUUAGUGAUAGGUGACUGCCGGAAAAAAGGGAACUUUGAAUUUUGUCAAGAUCGCACUGAGAAGCAUUCCACAAUGCCAGACUCACCUGUGGAUGUGAAGACACAAUCCAGGCUGACGCCUCCAACAAUGCCACCUCCUCCCACUACCCAAGGAGCUCCAAGAACGAGUUCAUUCACGCCCACAACGUUAACCAAUGGCACAAGCCAUUCACCGACAGCGUUAAAUGGAGCUCCAUCUCCUCCUAAUGGCUUUAGCAAUGGGCCGUCCUCUUCCUCUUCCUCUUCUCUGGCUAACCAGCAGUUACCGCCAGCUUGUGGAGCUAGGCAGCUCAGCAAACUGAAGAGAUUUCUUACAACCUUACAGCAGUUUGGCAAUGACAUUUCACCAGAGAUUGGGGAGAGAGUGCGUACCCUUGUGCUAGGACUUGUGAAUUCUACAUUGACAAUUGAAGAAUUUCAUUCCAAACUGCAAGAAGCUACUAACUUCCCACUGCGACCUUUUGUCAUCCCAUUUUUAAAGGCCAAUCUGCCCCUGCUGCAGCGGGAGCUGCUGCACUGUGCAAGGCUAGCCAAGCAGAACCCAGCCCAGUACCUCGCCCAGCACGAACAGCUGCUUCUGGAUGCCAGCACCACCUCACCUGUUGACUCCUCAGAGCUGCUUCUCGAUGUGAACGAAAACGGGAAGAGGCGAACUCCAGACAGAACCAAAGAAAACGGCUUUGACAGAGAGCCUUUGCACUCAGAGCAUCCAAGCAAGCGGCCCUGCACUAUUAGCCCAGGCCAGCGGUACAGUCCAAAUAAUGGCUUAUCUUAUCAGCCCAAUGGUCUGCCUCAUCCCACCCCACCUCCACCUCAGCAUUAUCGUUUGGAUGAUAUGGCCAUUGCCCACCACUACAGGGACUCAUACAGACACCCCAACCACAGGGACCUCAGGGACAGAAACAGACCUAUGGGGUUGCAUGGCACACGUCAAGAAGAAAUGAUUGAUCACAGACUAACAGACAGAGAAUGGGCAGAAGAGUGGAAACACCUUGACCAUCUGUUAAACUGUAUAAUGGACAUGGUGGAAAAAACUAGGCGAUCUCUCACUGUACUUCGGCGAUGUCAAGAAGCAGACCGUGAGGAGCUGAAUUACUGGAUACGGCGGUACAGUGAUGCAGAAGAUUUAAAAAAAGGUGGUAACAGCAGCAGCAGUCAUUCCAGACAGCAGAGUCCAGUGAAUCCAGAUCCAGUUACAUUAGAAUCGCAUCGGGAAUUCCUUCACAGGCCUGCAUCUGGAUACGUGCCAGAGGAGAUCUGGAAGAAAGCUGAGGAAGCUGUCAAUGAAGUAAAACGUCAGGCAAUGGCAGAGUUGCAGAAGGCAGUGUCAGAGGCUGAGCGGAAGGCUCAUGACAUGAUCACUUCCGAGAGAGCCAAGAUGGAGCGCACCGUUGCUGAAGCCAAGCGCCAGGCUGCAGAGGAUGCACUAGCUGUUAUCAAUCAGCAAGAGGAUUCAAGUGAGAGUUGCUGGAACUGUGGCCGGAAAGCUAGUGAAACCUGCAGUGGUUGCAACACAGCACGAUACUGUGGCUCGUUUUGCCAGCACAAGGACUGGGAGAAGCACCACCACAUCUGUGGACAGACCCUCCAAGCCCAGCAGCAAGGAGAGACACCAGCAGUGAGCUCCUCAGUGACGCCCAGCAGUGGGGCCGGGAGCCCCAUCGACACCCCACCAGCAGCCACUCCUAGGUCCACCACCCCAGGAACCCCAUCCACCAUAGAGGCAACUCCUCGCUAAAAUUGAACUCAAAACUCUGAAAACAAAAACACACCACAAAAUGAAACCAAUUCCUCAUCCUCAGAUGCGCAAAGAUUUUAACUGAACUGUCAUAUUUCAGUACUUCAAUAAGAAAGAACUUACUGUAUCUUGAGGUGGUAGAAAAAACAGAAGGCCAGUAACGGGUCAUAAUGACUUAUUGUGGAUAACAAAGAUAUCUUUUCUUUAGAAAACUGAAAAGAGAGCAGAGAAUAUAACACAAAAUGAUAGAUUUGACCUCCUCCCUGUUAUUUUCCAGUAGCUGGGAUUUUAAACUAGAUGACCUCAUUAACAGAUGCUUUACCAAACAGCAAACCAAGAGAUUGCUAAUUGCUGUUGAAAGCAAAAUGCUAAUAUUAAGUCACAACGUUCUUUAUAAAAAUAACGGAAAUGUAAAAAAAAAAAAAAGAAAAAAAAAAGAAAAAAAAGAGAAAGAGAGAAAAAAAUAACCCUCAAGGGCAUGAGCAUUGGAUACAGCAGUAGACAUUUUAACAAGAAGAUGAAUGGCGUCCGUGGGUUACUGACUGAACUUUGAAGACCCGCAUCAAAACGCGCAGAUGUGCAGCAGAUUGGAAGGAGACACAGAUGUUCAAUUUUUUUUUCCUGUUUCUGAAAGAAAUAAAAUAAUAUCCAGGUCAACAGAAUGAAAAAUGAAAGAUGAUUUGCGGUGGGAUGUAGGACUACAGCAGCAAAGAAAAAAAUGCCAUAAUACAAAGGCUUUUUCUUUUUCCUUUUAAAUACAGAAAUAAGGGACACAGCCUGCAGUUAAUUAGCAUCCUGGCAGCUUUGACAUCAGCCAGCUGCUCCAACUAAACCUUUCAACAUUUCUUCACUUUUUUUGCAAGGUUCCACAGAGUAUGACAAUCGGGUCUAUUCCAGCUCAUUCAUUUUUGUAUUGAAAAUUAAUAAUAAUAGUUAAUAAUACAGUGGCUCCAGCUCCAGCCCCCCUCCAAAUUCUUUCCACCCCAUCCUGUUUGGAUUUUUAAUUAAAAAAAAAAAAAAAAAAAAAAAAAAA